CAUUAGUAAAACCCUUUCUCUCUCUAUAAAAAGUUCAGCAAAACCCUCUCCCUCCCUCUCUCUCUCUCUCUAAACCAACAAUAAUAUCGAUAUCAAUGGCUUCGCUCUCUGUUUCGCGGCAGAAUCACUUCUUCUCAGCGACCCACCCGACCCGACCCAAACCCAGGUUCGCGGCCCCAACCAAGAUCCGAAUGUCCCUCCGAGAAAACGGACCCUCCAUCGCCGUCGUGGGGGUCACCGGCGCCGUCGGCCAAGAGUUCCUCUCCGUCCUCUCCGACCGGGAUUUCCCCUACCGCUCCAUCAAAAUGCUGGCGUCGAAGCGCUCCGCCGGCCGCCGCCUCACCUUCGAGGAGAACGAGUACGUCGUGGAGGAGCUCACGCCGGAGAGCUUCGACGGCGUCGACAUUGCUCUCUUCAGCGCCGGCGGGUCCAUAAGCAGGGAGUUCGGCCCCAUCGCCGUCGAUCGGGGAACGGUGGUGGUGGACAAUAGCUCGGCGUUUCGAAUGGACGAGAAGGUUCCACUGGUGAUUCCAGAGGUGAACCCUGAAGCGAUGCAAAACAUCAAGCUUGGAACGGGUAAAGGCGCACUCAUUGCUAACCCCAAUUGCUCCACCAUUAUUUGCUUGAUGGCUGCUACCCCUCUUCAUCGACGUGCUAAGGUGUUACGUAUGGUUGUUAGUACCUACCAGGCUGCUAGUGGUGCUGGUGCUGCUGCAAUGGAAGAGCUUGAGCUGCAAACUCGUGAGGUGUUGGAAGGAAGAUCACCAACAUGUCAAAUAUUUAAACAACAGUAUGCUUUUAAUCUAUUCUCACAUAAUGCACCUGUUCUUUCAAAUGGAUAUAAUGAAGAAGAAAUGAAAAUGGUCAAGGAGACAAGGAAAAUUUGGAAUGACAAGGACGUUAAAGUAACUGCCACUUGUAUAAGAGUUCCUGUCAUGCGGGCUCAUGCUGAGAGUGUGAAUCUUCAAUUUGAGAGACCCCUUGAUGAGGACACAGCAAGAGAUAUUCUGAAGAAUGCUCCGGGUGUAGUGGUUAUUGAUGAUCGUGAAUCCAAUCGUUUUCCUACUCCAUUGGAAGUGUCAAAUAAGGAUGAUGUUGCUGUUGGCAGGAUUCGCCGUGACCUGUCUCAGGAUGGGGAUCAAGGGUUGGACAUAUUUGUAUGUGGGGAUCAAAUUCGUAAGGGAGCUGCACUCAAUGCAAUCCAGAUUGCUGAGAUGUUGCUAUGAGUUCUCAUAUUUCAAAUGUUUUGGAUCAGUUUUUUGUCUGAUAGUUGGAUGCGGUUAAUCAUUUCGUUUUUCAAGGAUGUGGUAGUACUCUAGCUCUAGCUUGAAAAAAAAGGAACAUAAAGGCCUUGUUUGAGCAAUUGCUGUAGUCUUAUCUAUUGGGAAUAACAAGCAUUGGUUAUGGCAUGGGAGAGAUCACCCAAUGCUGUACUGAUCUUUUUGA